AUGAUGUUCUCGAGCCAGAUCGACGCCUUCUCCCCCUCCCAGUUCACCCCGUCGCAGAACGCCGGCGCCGACUCCACCACCCCUUCCAAGUUCCGGGGCGCGUCGGGCACGACGCCGCUGACCGUGAAGCAGAUCGCGGACGCGCAGCUGGCCGGCGCCGGCGAGAAAGGAGCGCCCUUCGCCGUCGACGGCGUCGAGACCGCCAACAUCAGGCUCGUGGGGACGGUGAGCUGGAAGGCGGAGAGGGCGACGGACGUGUCCUUCACGCUAGACGACGGCACCGGCCGGCUCGACUUCAUCAGAUGGGUGAACGAUGCUGCAGAUUCUGCUGAAACUGCCGCUAUCCAGAAUGGCAUGUAUGUUUCUGUCAUCGGUACCCUCAAGGGACUCCAGGACAAGAAGCGUGCUACUGCUUUCUGUGUCAGACCUGUAACUGAUUAUAAUGAGGUCACACUGCAUUUCAUUCAGUGUGUACGUAUGCAUAUCGAGAACACAAAAUCAAAGGUUGGCAGUCCUGCACACACCAUUUCUGCAAUGGGAACCCCAUUCUCCAAUAGUCCCAGCGAAGCAAGUACUCCGACCUCUUUGAAAUCGAACCCGGCGCCAGUGGCCAGUGGAACCAAUGUAUUGGGGGCUGAUUUGUAUGCGCAGGUGCUGAAUAUUUUCAAUGAACCAGCAAGCAUUGCAAGUGAUCAUGGUGUGCAUAUCGAUGAAAUUGCCAAACGACUCAGACUGCCAGCAAGCAAGAUCCAGGAAGCUAUCGAUUUCCAUGUCGAUGGCGGGCACAUCUACUCAACGAUCGACGAUUUCCACUACAAGUCUGCAUUCAUUGACUGAGUUUGUAACUGAGUGUCGCAUCCUUAGCUCCUUAGG